AUGUAUAUGAUCGGACAGCAACUCCUUCGCCGCGGGCACAAGGUGAUUGUCAUUACCCAUGCAUAUGAGCCAGACCGUGUCGGAGUGAGGUACCUGCCAGGUGGCAUGAAAGUGUAUUAUAUACCCUAUGGAGUGAUUGCUCGUCAAGAUACGCUACCCAACUUUUUCGCGCUGCUGCCGUUACUGCGCAGCAUCCUUCUACGUGAACAAAUUGAUAUUGUUCAUGCACAUCAAGCGCUUUCCAGUAUGGGACACGAAGGCAUCUUCUUGGCCAAGUGUUUAGGACUCAAAGCCGUAUUUACAGACCACUCACUCUUUGGGUUCUCUGAUGUGAGUGCCAUUCUUACCAACAAAAUGCUGCGUUUUGCCUUGACCGAUGUGGAUCAUGUGGUGUGUGUGAGCCAUACCGGUCGUGAAAACACGGUUCUUCGUGCCCACCUGGCACCGGACCAAGUAUCCACGAUUCCUAAUGCCGUGGAUGCCCGCAAUUUAUACCCCGAUCCCGCUCGUGCGCCCACAGCGCGUAUAUGUAUCGUGGUGCUGAGCCGCCUCAUGUACCGCAAAGGCAUUGAUUUGCUUUUGACGGCCAUUCCACGCAUUUGCGCACUCCACACGGAUGUGUGCUUUGUGAUCGGAGGCGAUGGUCCCAAGUAUGUGGAACUGGAGCAAAUGCGUGAGCGGUGCAUGUUACAAGACCGAGUUGCUUUGGUCGGUGCAGUCCGACAACGCGAUGUGCGUGCGCAUCUCACACAAGGCCAUAUUUUUCUAAACACGUCUCUCACAGAAGCGUUUGGCACGUCGAUUAUUGAAGCUACCAGUGCCGGACUUUAUGUGGUCACGACCAAAGUGGGCGGCAUUCCAGAACUCCUGCCUGCGUCGAUGAUGACGCUUGCUGAUCCAUGUACGGAAGCCAUUGUCGAUGCAUGCUCUGCGGCCAUUUCUCGGAUUCGUGCUGGAGAGCAUGAUCCAUGGGCCCAACAUCGAAUUGUGACACAAAUGUAUUCAUGGGAGGAGACCACUCGCCGCCUGGAAGUAGUAUACAAGCGAGCCAUGGCACAGCCUUGGCGCGGCUACAUGGAACGCUUCGCGCGCUACCGCCAUGUGGGUGGACCGAUUGGUGGCCUUAUUAUUUGCCUGGUCGUGGCAGCGCAAAUGAUCAUUGUCACGAUACUCGAGUGGGUAUACCCUGUGGCCCACAUUGCGCUUGUAGAUUAG